AUGGCUGUCCUCCGUGUAGGUAGCAGCAGAUCGAGUGUCAUGAGGGGAGGGUUGAUGAGCCAAGCGUCAGAAAUGAACCGGACUGGUGAUAUCAGGGACGAUAAGCACGAGUCACCUUCAGAUUUCUCGCUAACCGGCAAAGAAGACCAAUGGAUCGAGAGGAAUAAUAAUAAAAUAAGAAUUGACUCCAGCGAGGUUGCCAAACCGGCGCGAGUUCCCACUCGUCAUCGCUUUGCUGCUGCUGCUGCUGCUGCUGCUGCUGCUUCUUCUUCUUUCUUCCUCUUUUACUUCUUUUAUCUCCCCUCCUUCAUUCUCUCUCCCUAUUCUAUUUUCUCUCCUUUUGUUCCGACCCUCGUGCUGGAUUUGACUGCAUGUGGUGUAUGCCAACUUUUCACUCCCGGCAUUCUUGGUAGUGUCCCUCAGUCCCCGUCGGGCCUUGGGUUCGUCUGCCUUUUUCUUUUUCUCUCCUCUCCGCCUAUCACCUUGGCGAUGCUAGGCUUGCCCUGCAUCUAUAGUCCGGGUAGCAACCACCAGAGUAUCUAG